AAACUGGCCCAUGCUACUUCCGUAACUCGUAAAACUGUUUCCCUGCGCCAACAAAAUUUAGCUUGAAAUAAGAAUUGGUGCACUGCUGCUUCCAUUUACAGGAAUAGUGCAUCAGUUUUCCAGAUUGCUCCUUAAAUCCAUAGCCAUUUUUGCCAGCAGUGACAUCGCGUGUGGUCCGAAAUGAAAUUACUAACGCACAACAUGUUGACGUCGCAUGUGAAAGGGGUUACUAAGGGUUAUCCACUUCUAAUCAAGGCGACGGAGGUGAAAGUGAGCGAAGUGGAGUUCAACCCCCAGUUCGUCAGCCGGAUGAUCCCCAAGCUGGAGUGGCCCUCACUGGUGCAGGCGGCCGCCGGGCUUGGUUACUUGAACGAUCUACCCAGUGAUCUUGUCCCAGACUACGAGAACAACGAGGGGUUUCUGCGCAAAGUCCAUCGUGUUCUGCUGGAGGUAGAGGUGCUUGAGGGGUGCCUGCAGUGCCCAGAAUCAGGGCGCGAGUUCCCCAUCUCCCGGGGGAUUCCCAACAUGCUCUUGAAUGAGGAUGAAGUUUAGAGAAGUGCUUGCUUUCAUUUUUACCAAAUGCAUCCUGCAACCCAGCACCAGUAUUGGGAAGAUAUAGCAGCUCGUCACAGCAGCCACUCCAUCCGAUUCAUGGAUCUCUUAGUGAAACAUGCACAGCUUAGCCACGGCACCAUGCUGCAAGUCUUUGUGAAUCCAUUUUAAAAGGGAGAAAGAAAGAGUCAUCAGACCUUCUGCUGCGCCGUAGGUUCUCAGCCACAGCGUCUGCAGGCUUUUGUGUCUGCAGUGUGCUUAUGACAUCACUCAGUUUGCCAAUUAAUUGUCCCUCCGGUGCAAAGGGAGUGUGGAACGAUGGAAGCAUGUUCUCUCCUAUGAGUUAUUUCUGGAUCAGGUGCAGUGACCUUUUUGUUAAAGCAGUAGAAAAUCUUUUCAUGUUGGUAUUAUACUAAUCUAGUUGUACUUUAUAGGUUGGUUGCUAUUCACACAUGUAUAGGUUGGUUGCUAUUCACACAUUUCAAAUACACAGAUAUGAUAAAUCCCUAUACAUAUAUAAACACAAAUUGCUUUAGAGCAAUACUACCAUAUCUAUAUAGCAGCAUCGUCUCAUUCCUGUAUUUCAUCUUGAUAUCUCUCUGCUUUGUCUCACAAAAUAUAUUUCCUCCUGUGUGCAUAUACACACACUCAGUCUUUAGA